AUGACUGACAGACAACUGGACGCAGCUGCACAAGAUCUCAAGGGCUAUCUCGCUGAAUUACGGAGUAUUCCUAAUACCAUCAAUUCACCAUUCUGCAUCUGUAACCCACUGGGUGGCGGCAUUCUAGACUGGCGCAUCGGCGAUUCCCAACGCCAACAAUUGCGCUUCCGCACCGGGACGGAGUUCAGUCAAUUCUUGACAAAUGAUCUGCCUUUUGAUGACGAUGCACGCAGGCAGAUUUCCAAGGCGCACAGUGUGAAGCACGACAUCGUCUUCACACACGCGGAUCUCAACCUCAGGAAUAUCCUUGUCGAUGAGAUGGGGAGGAUCUCGGGCAUAGUGGAUUGGGAGUGUGCGGGAUGGUAUCCCGAAUAUUGGGAAUACACCAAGAUGCAUUUUAUGGUGAGGGUUACAGACCGGUGGAUUGCAGAUGUUGUUGAUCAAAUCUUUCUGGGGUAUCGCGACGAGUUGGUGGUAGAGGACAUGCUGGCCGCCAUGGCGCCGUCCUGGUAA